ACAUAACGCCAGCCGUCAGCGCCCAGCAACUCCGCCCGACUCUCGAUCCUCGAGACUGGUGACCAUCCGAGACUGGCACGCAUCGUACUGCCAUUUACUCCUCCAAGUCCGAUACGCCCUCUCAGCCAGCACAUUAGUUUACGCGACCACCAGGAUGGGAAAGGAAGUCACGGUUCUGCGGCCCUCCGACAAGGGGGACCGCUACGAGCUGGCCAGCCCCACGGCCAUGCCAAAAGCUGGCGGCUUCUUGUGGAACCAGAGGAUGAUGAUCCAGAUCACCUGCCGCGGGUAUGCCACAGCGCAAUUCAUGCAGCCAGAGCCAGCAAAGUACGCCCAUGCCCCAAAUAUCGAGGCGCAGACGUUCAUGCAACCAGAGCAGAACUACUAUGCCCACCAUCCCGGCCGCUUCGUCUACAUCAAGGACGUCGAGACCGGUCAGCUGUUCUCGGCGCCAUAUGAGCCCGUCCGCGCGAAGCUUGAGAGCUUCACCUUCUCGGUAGGCAAGAGUGAUGUUACCUGGGUGGUCGAGAACGACGGCAUCCGCGUCGAGAUGACCGUGGGUCUGCCGACACACGACGUGGCCGAGCUGUGGACCGUCAAGGUGACCAACGUUUCCGGCCGCCCUCGCCGGAUCAGUGUGACGCCGUAUUUCCCCAUCGGCUACAUGUCAUGGAUGAACCAGUCGGCGGAGUGGGACUCGGAUCUGGUUGGCGUCGUUGCGAGCAGCGUCACCCCGUACCAGAAGGCGGAGCAGUACUUCAAGAAUAAGUACCUCAAGGACAAGACGUACUUCCUCUGCGAGACGCCGCCGGAUUCCUGGGAAGCGAGCCAGCAGGCCUUCGAAGGAGAGGGCGGCCUCCACAACCCCUCUGCCCUGCAAGAAUCGCAGCUGAGCGGCAGUGACGCGCGCUACGAGACCCCGACCGCUGCGGUGCAGUACCACGUUGCGUUGGAAGCAGGCGGUGUGCGCGAAUACCGGUUCAUGUUUGGACCCGCUUACGACGAAGCCGAGAUUCGUGAUAUGCGCCACCGCUACCUAAGUAAGGAGGCGUUUGCGCGGACCGCCGAGGAGUAUGCCGCCUACAUGGACCGUGGCCGCGGCUGUCUGCGCAUCGAGACGCCCGACAAGGAACUCGACAACUUCGUGAACAAUUGGCUACCGCGGCAGGUUUACUACCACGGCGAUGUUAACCGUCUGACAACGGACCCCCAAACCCGCAAUUACCUGCAGGACAACAUGGGCAUGAACUACAUCAAGCCCGAUGUCUCCCGCAAGGCCUUCAUCACGGCUCUUUCGCAGCAGGAGGCGAACGGCUCGAUGCCGGACGGCAUUCUGCUGGCCGAGGGUGCGGAACUCAAGUACAUCAACCAGAUCCCGCACACUGACCACUGCGUGUGGCUACCCGUCACCCUGGAUGUCUACCUCGCCGAGACGGGCGAUUACGGCUUGCUGAAGGAGCGCGUCCGAACCGAGAACGGAGACAACUUUACCGUCUUCGAGCGCUUCAGCCGCGCAAUGGACUGGCUCCUCAAGCUACGGGACGAGCGCGGGCUCAGCUACAUCGCGCAAGGCGACUGGUGCGACCCGAUGAACAUGGUCGGCUACAAGGGUAAGGGCGUUUCGGGGUGGCUCACGCUCGCCACCGCAUACGCGCUGAACAUCUGGGCCGACGUCUGCAACCACGAAGGCGCCUCCGACCUGGCAAAGCACUACCGCGCCGGCGCCGAAGCCUGCAACCGCGCAGCCAACGAGCACCUCUGGGACGGCGACUGGUUCGCGCGCGGCAUCACCGACGACAACGUGGUAUUCGGCACCCAGAAGGAUCCCGCCGGCCGCAUCUGGCUCAACCCGCAAUCCUUCGCCAUCCUCGGCGGCGGCGCCAGCCCGCAGCAGAUCGACCGCAUCCUGCCCCAGAUCGACGCCCAGCUCGCCACCCCCUACGGCGUGCUCAUGUUCGCGCCGCCCUUCACCAAGAUGCGCGAGGACAUCGGCCGCGUCACGCAAAAGGCCCCCGGCUCAGCCGAGAACGGCGCCGUGUACAACCACGCCGCCGUGUUCUACGUCUACAGCCUGUACCGGCUCGGCGACCGCCGGCGCCCGGCACAGGCACAGGCAGACAGGGCCUACACCCACCUGCGCCAGCUGCUUCCCGGCCCCGGCGAGGCGGACUAUCUCCAGCGCGGCCAGCUGCCGGUGUACAUCCCCAACUACUACCGCGGCGCCUGGCGCGAGUUCCCGCGCACGGCGGGCCGGUCGAGCCAACUGUUCAACACGGGCACCGUGUCGUGGGCGUACCGGUGCGUGAUCGAGGGCCUGUGCGGGCUGAGGGGGGACAAGGACGGGUUGGUGGUCCGGCCGCAGCUGCCGAGCGCGUGGGAGGCGAUCAAGGUGACGCGCGAGUUCAGGGGCGCGACCUUCCACUUGGAUAUCCGUCGCGGCGAUGUCGGGGAUGUCACUGUCUCGCUCGGCGGCGGCGGUGAGGUGCUGCCGGAGCCGAGGGUCACGGGCAUCAAGGCUGGGGAGACGUAUCAGCUGUCAGUGGUGGUUCCGCGGUAGGGAGUGUGUGCCAUUCAUUGUCUGAGGUGGUUUUGUCCUUGGUUCUCUGCUCUUCUGGGGUGGUUGUGAAUGAGACGUUUUUUUCA